ACCCGAAUUUAGUAUUUGUGCUGACGACAGUAUUUCAAAGCCAACCUCAGCUGGUCAUACUUAAGCAGCAACAAUUUUUUGUUUCAUAUUUUGUUUGCGAAAAUUUUAAAGCAGCACGUCGACGUCAACAGCUCGCUUUCCCCGCUGCUGACGAGAUCGACCCAGUCCUACCAUGUCGCAACAACGCUCCACGGAGCAGAGCGCAGCCUCCAGCAACACAAGCGACGUGAUUACGCUGGACGACGACGACGAGGACACGGAUGUGCAAUUCGUCGCAGUUCUGCGUCCCACCGCCCCAGUCAUCGAUCUCUGCCUGUCGCCCUCCACUUCCGCUGCUGCGGCGGCGGCGGCAGCGGCGGCUGCAGCCCACCCCGGAAACGGAAGUGCCGAGGAUCCGGCGGCUGGAUCCGCAUCUGGAGCUGCUGCUGCUGCUGCGGCUUCGGACCCCGAUUCACCUGCUUCUACGCCCGAGGAAGCAGCGAUAGCCACCAACGUGGAUGCAGCGGCAGCAGUUUCUGGCGAAGAUUCCCCUUCUACAGCGGCAGCUGCCCUGGAGUGUCCCAUCUGUCUGCAAACAUGCAUCCACCCAGCUCGUCUCCCCUGUGGACACAUCUUCUGCUUCUUGUGCGUGAAGGGCGUUGCUUAUAAGAACCGCCGCUGUGCUAUGUGCCGCCGCGAAAUUCCAGCAGAGUUCCUGGAUCAUCCCCAGCUGGUGAAUGGCAUUGAGGACAUCUGCACCACUCGCGCGACCGAGGAUGGCUUCCAGUGGUAUUACGAGGGAAGGAAUGGUUGGUGGCAGUACGAUGACCGCACUAGUCAGGACAUCGAAGAUGCCUUUAAGAAGGGCGAAAAAUCCUGUACAAUUUUGGUGGCCGGCUACGUCUACAUUGUGGACUUGGAGCAGCUUGUCCAGCAGCGGCAGAAUGAACCCACUCGCUGCCGAAGGGUUAAGCGAGACCUAGCCACUAUACCCAAAAAAGGGGUGGCCGGUCUGCGGAUCGAAGGCAACCAGGUGACCAGCGAUACUAUCUUCAGCAGACCAACCAACACAGCAGAUCCAACCACUGUGGCGGCAGCUGCCUCCAGUUUCAUAUCCACCAUAGCAGCCACAGAUGCUGCCAUUAGGAUUGCAAGCGACAUAAUCGGCUCCACGCUGGCUCAUGCAGAUGAACUCACUCGGGGACUGACAGCUAGCAAUCUCAACGACGAUCUCAGCAGCAGCGGUGAGCAAUCCAACUCCACAAAUUCAAACGAUGCAGGGCGCUCGCCUGCCUCCUCACCUGCCUCAAGUUCCAUGCAGGAUCUGAUCACGCGUGACCUGAGGAACACCCAACAGGUGAUUGCCCACAACCAGCACACCAUCGAUCUCUUCGAGCAGGCCUUGAACGACUUUCAGGCGCUAGCCAUGCGCAACUAUGUUGACUCCAGCGAUGAGGAGGACAACGACCAGGAUCAGGAGCAAGAGCUGCGGGAACAGGAGCAGCUGGAGGCGGGCGAGCAGCCGCAGUCCAGCGAUAAUCCCCAGAGAUUUUAGAAAUUACCUACUUAGCAAAAAGCUUAUUUUGUUGCUCGCCUAACCGAUACAUCUAAAGAAAAGAUCAAUGUUCCUUUAAGCAGAUUUCAAUUUACGGAAAGGGGAAUGUUAACUAGAGAAAUGCAGCGCGUACCUGAGAAUAUAUCAACUAACAUAUAUAACCAUAGGCUCAGAGCGUUGGGCGUCAAACAGAAAAAGAAAUAGAAAUGAAUGUCUACAGGGUAAAGAAACAUAUUCCUUAAAACAAAAUCAAAUAUUGAAACAUAGACGUUACAGCAGAAAUAUAAAUAAUCUAUUUAACAUGAUACUCAACUUUCCUCAAAAAAUGUAACCCAAUAUAAGCAAAAGAAUGAUAUUCUUAGUAUGAAAUGAAUAGGACAGCAGUAGCAUUGUUUGAAUCCAUUUGUGUGGCCUGUAAUGCUCUAAAAAAUCUCUGUAACACCUCCGAAUAGAAUUUCGCAGAAUUCCCCUGUACAUAUUUAUUACAUAAUCAAGAGUUCUACAAGAAUCCAGAAAAAUAAUCCUCCCUAAGGUCUCAUUUGCAAGCAAGCAAAAGUAAAUGCAACCUCCACCAAGGAAGAGUAGUGUGAAAAAGACAAUAUUUGUGAAUUGAGAUUAACUUGACAUGGGUGGGAUUCCUGGGAGGUCAAUUCUGAGGAGAUUCCCACUCACACAAUUGAUAUUCAGUGCGUUUCUCAAAUUGGAAGCGUUUAAAGCCUUUUAACUUAUUUCACACAGUAUCUAUGUUUCAACACACAAAUGUUUUGAGGUUUAAAUUAAUUCAACGUCUUUUUGAGGCGCACUGUGGUCAGGGGAAUCAGAACCAGUAUUAAUUAUUAAGUCGCCUUAAGUGCGUUAAACAAAAAACCGUUCUGUGACAGUUGAAUAUAUUGAUAUUUUGUAUACUCUAAGUUGCUUUAAAUAAAGUAUUUAAAGGAAAAUUGUUAGUCAGAUUAGGACCUAUAUAUACUAUGUGCUGCGAUGGACACCCGAUUUAUUAAUCUCAAUUUUGUGACUACUAUUUAUAGAUUCGUUUUCGAUAUGUACUCCGCCAUUACUUCUAACAGCG